AUGGAUUUACAUGGUGACCUUACUGAUGAUAUUCUCCGUGCACUUCGGCAACAUUCAGGUGGAUUAUCGUUUACUCAUACAUUAGACGAAGAAGAUCAUGAUGAAAAUAGUAGUGAAAUUGAUUCUGAUUUUCCCCUCUCGAUAUUCGCCGAUAUGGAUGUCGAGCAUUUGUUUACCAACGAUGAUCAUGUAAUUAAUUCUCCAUUGAAUUAUCACACUUGUCCGACAACACCUGCUUCGCCUUUACGAAAAGACGGCAGUCAUAGUUUAACUGAUCUGUCAACAACUAAUCAGCCGAGUCUCAAUCGUCACCAUUCAAUGACAACAGAACACUAG